AUGGCUCGGCCUUGUAGAUAUCGACGUCGGAAAUUGCAUCAAAUCGAAAACCCUUGCCGCAGACUUUUCGUCUCAGAUAGUAGCGCACCAACUCCUCGUCCGUCGGGUGGAAACGGAAACCUGGAGCCAGCAGACUCGAUGAUGAUUUCUUCUUGGCCACAUCGUGACCCCCCUUUCUUCUGCCUUAGAUUUGCAGCAACCAAGUCGCAAUCCUCGAAUCCGGCCAUGGGUGAGAUAGGAGUCGCUCUAUGCCGACUCUUGUCGCGCCGCCGCUUUGUCAUUUCGUCUUCCAUCUUGUGUCGGUCGGAGAUAACAAGAAUCCCACUCUUCUCACAAGUCCUCACAGAUCUAUUCAAAGUCGAGUCGAUUCAAAGGUCCAAGGAAAGCAUUUUCGACAAUAACCGGGCGGCACAGAUUUCUCCAGGCUCUAUGGGUUCUAACAAGGGGAAUUCUAGUAGCUUGCAGGAAAAAUUUGUCGUCAUCAUCAUUUGGUCUUGGCUGGUUGUGGUGGACUCCUCUGAUCCAUUUGCAUGGCUCGAGUUGGGAUCAUCUUGCUUUGACUUUGACCGUUUGGAUUGGGAUAGGGAGAGGGGCUCGAUUUCAUGGUCUUCAGAUCUUUCCCUCUUGCAUGCAAACGGGAGGCUGUGGGACCCGAUUUGA